AGUCCUCCUGGAUCAUCUGUGCACACAAUUCCACCUAGAGUUUUGUGUCCUUUUAAAUUAUUCGAUUGAGUUUUACUGGGAGAAAAAAAUGCUGAAAGUCGUCCUUUCUGUCCUCUGCAGUCUGACAGUGCCCGCUGCUCUUCAAAACGUGCCUUUAGAUGCGGACAAACCCUUUGAGAGGAGCGCUGUCUCUCAGGAAAUCACCCUGAAGUGCUGCUACGGAAGCGAUGAACCAGUCACCUGGGAGAAACACGUUCAAGGUGCCAACAGGACUGUCAACGUACGCUUUGUGGAGAACUCCGACUUAGUGAACAUAAGCUACGUUCAUACUCAUUCUUCCCGGUGUGGCACUCUGACCCUCAAGUCUGUGCAGCCUAAUGACACGGGACUGUACCGGUGUCUGCUGAACCGCACCCACAUUCACACACAUGGCACCUACCUGCAAGUCUACAAGCCCAUGAAGAAGACAUUAAACCUGAGUGAAAGAACCAAAAACAGGAUCCUGAUGGCUGAGGGGAUCCUUCUCUUCCUGUGUGUGCUGGUGCCCUCUGCCACGAUCCUGUUCAAGUCAAAGCAACAAAAUGAAGUGGAGAAGAAGAAAUCAAGGAAGGAGGAGGAAAAUAUAUAUCAGGGGCUGAAUCUGGAUGAGUGCUAUGCAACAUAUGAUCAGAUCGAGUGCACUCCGGCGCAGGGCCACUAUCAGGAUGCGCGCACUUGCAAUGAAGACGUUGAUCUGGAGAAACCAUGAAGGAAACUGGAAACAUAAAGGGGGGAAAAAAAGUAAUGUUGCUGUAAAUUUUUUACAGUGCUAACUGAAUUUCAGAUCCAUUUGUAGAUUAGCAUUUUUUGUUGCAUCUGUGAACAUUUUGCAUAAUCAGAUUUAGAACUGUUUAAGAUUCCUACAGCUGUUGACGAAAUAGUCUCAACACAAAAUCCACUUGUUGUUGCCAGAAUGCAAUAAAAACUUAAGGCGUGUUACAAGUUUAAGAAACAUUCCCCUCAUUCCUGAAAGUAUUCUUACAUGUUUGGUUGGUGGAUUCAGUUGUAUUAUUUUUGUGCAUUUUCAUACAUUUAAAAGUUGUUUUGUGUGUUGUCCACUUUUCAGAUGACCUUAAAUUAUAACAGUCAUAACUAAAGAUGUCUUUAUUUCAAGAGUAGAUACUUUUUUUAAGUUUUCAGCAUCUCUUCAGUUCAUUUAUUCCUCUGUAUAUUGAAUAUUUUGUCUUUCAAUCGAAUUUAAGGAUGGAUUGCUGAUGUAAAAAUGUAUUUGUUGUCAGUCAUUUCUGUGUGAGCUAAAUAAA